CAUAGUAAAUAACUGGUAAAGUAGAGGUAUCACUGAUACGCGAGGGUAUCACACUGUUCUAUCAUCUUCUCUACCACGAUGCCAUACACUAGCCGCCUCGAAAUCAACGUUGGUCACCAUGGUCAGCCUGUGUUAUGCAUGGGAAGGUACAAUGUAGGUAUAGGCAACAGGAGGAGACGGGGCCAUGCCAGACGUCAACGCAUUCCUCUCUUUUUUCAAGACUGGUUGAGGGGUCGGUGUAUGCAUGUCUACAGUGACAAAGAUGAGAAACCUGUGGACCCAGAACGCGAUGACGAGGACUCUUCUGAUGAUGAGGUUAACGAGGUGGUUAGGAAGCUCCUAACAGUGAAGGCUGUCCGGUUCAAUAUCCAGGACAAUUCUAGAGCCCAUCACACAAACGAAUAUGACCUCACGGAGAAAGAUGCUGACAAGGCCCCUAGUCUGGUCGUCCGACGUGGUCAGCCCUUUGACAUCGACAUCGACUUUGAGCGCAAAUUUGAUGAAAGCAAGGAGGACAUGAAACUUGUAUUUGCGACUGGUAAAUCUCCCUCCAUCAUCAAUGGUACCAAGGUAGAGAUUAUUCUCUCCAAGGAAGACUUGCCUGGUAAAUGGGGUGCCGCCAUUAAAGAGAAGAAAGGGAACACUGUGAAACUCAAAAUCUUCACCCCGCCCACCUGUUAUGUAGGCAAGUGGUGUUUCCAGGUGAGGGCCUUCAGCAAGUCUCCCAAGCCAGACCAAACGUCAGUGUGUAAAGUCUACGCCCACUCACAACUCAUCUACAUGCUGUUUAACCCCUGGUGUAAAGAUGACCAGGUGUAUCACCAUGACAACCACUUGCUGGAAGAAUAUGUGCUCAACGAAACUGGCAAGAUUUUCUGUGGGAACAGCAACCGAUUCAGUGGCAGGGUCUGGAACUUUGGCCAGUUCGAAAACCCAGUGCUGGACUGUGUUUUUGACUUGUUAGACAGAAAGAACUUUCCAAUGAAAGCACGAGGCAACCCUGUUGAUGUAGUCAGGAGACUGACCAGUCUUGUGAACUCCAAUGACAACAGUGGUAUUUUGGUCGGUAACUGGUCCGGGGAUUAUGACGGUGGUAAUUCUCCCUCCAAUUGGACGGGGAGUGUGCCCAUCCUGGAGGAGUACUUUAAGACCAAGGAGCCGGUGUGUUAUGGCCAGUGCUGGGUCUUCUCGGGCGUUUUGACGACAUGUUGCCGAGCCCUGGGAAUACCUGCUAGGAGUGUCACGAACUUUGCCUCGGCUCACGACACUGACGGAAGUAUGACCAUUGACACAGUGUAUGAUAUGGAUGGGGAAAGAGUGGAGCAUCUCUGUAAUGAUUCUGUUUGGAACUUCCAUGUGUGGAAUGAUGCCUGGAUGGCCAGACCGGACAUUGUUGACAAGGAUUACGGGGGCUGGCAGGCAUGUGAUGCCACGCCUCAGGAAACUAGUGGUGGCAUAUACUGCUGUGGUCCUUUUCCGGUCCUGGCCAUCAAGCGUGGUGAGAUAAAUAUGCCUUAUGAUGGCCCAUUCAUCUUUGCUGAGGUGAAUGGAGACAGAGUUGACUGGUUUGAACAGGAAGAUGGGUCAUAUAGAAAAAACUUUAAAAAUAAUCAGGUUGGUUUCCAUAUCAGCACAAACAGGCCUGUGUGUAAGCCUUGCAAGGACAAGGGCUUUGUCAGGUCUCCUUGUUAUGAUAGGAAGUGGGAGGAUGUCACAUCUGAUUACAAGUACACCGAAGACUCUGCAGCAGAGAGAGCAGCAGUGCUGAGGGCAAACCAAACAAGCUCCAGGCGGGACAUCUACGAUAAACCAGAGGAGGGCUGUGAGGAUGUUUUCUUUAAGACCAUCUUGAAAGAGAAAAAUGAUUAUGGUGAACCGAUUGAGUGGGAAUGCACCAUUGAGAACAAGUCUAAAGAAGAACGUACGGUUGGGGGCCAGAUCAGUCUGAGGAGUACCUACUACACAGGAGUCUGCUGUCCACCUAUCAGUGUUGUAAAAGUCAUGGAGGUCAUCGCGCCAGGCAAAGUUGUCACACUGAAGAUGAAAGUGCCGUUUGACGAGUACUUUGCUCAUGUCAAAGAGGGGUGUCACUUUGAUGUAAACCUAAUAGCAAUUGUGAAGAAGACCAAUCAAUCCCACUGCCAGAGAGACGCUAUCGUCCUGGAUAAGCCAGAUAUCCAAAUCAAGGCUCCUGGCACUGUGGCGGUUGGCAAAAAGUUCCAGGUAGAAGUUUCGUUCACCAACCCCCUGCCCACCAGCCUGACAGGGACAGAACUGUCUGUCAGUGGGGCAGGGCAAAAGGACACCAAAUACAAACCAGGACUGGUGGAGAAGAAGAGUACAUUCAUGUACCAGGUGGAUAUCAUUCCCAAGAAGCUGGGCAAGAGGACUUACACCAUCCUAUUCAACUCCAAGGAGCUUGGCAACCUGUCAAGUCUUUGUGAGGUGGAAGUCAAGGACCAUAACCCCUGGAAUGUCGAGGAGAGCGUAAAUAAGCGUAACCCCAGGAGUGUCGAGGAGAGCGUAAGUAAGGGUAACCCCUGGAGUGUCGAGGAGAGCGUAAGUAAGCAUAACCCCCGGAGUGUCGAGGAGAGCGUAAGUAAGCGUAACCCCUGGAGUGUCGAGGAGAGCGUAAGUAAGCGUAACCCCUGGCGUGUCGAGGAGAGCGUAAGUAAGCGUAACUCCUGGAGUGUCGAGGAGAGCCACCAGCUAACAGGGAGGUUGAGUCUGUGUAGGUUCACCAAGAUGUCAGAGGGAAGGAGACAUACCACUAACUUCUCUACUCUGCUGGAUAAAUGGGAAUCCUCAGUUGAAUACACUCCUGAGGAGGCUAAGGAUCUGAUUGCAGUUAAUGAAGUCAAGUUCAACGUGUGGGAUGACACCUUUACCCAUCACACCCUCAUGUAUGAGCUCACUGACCAGCGGCCAAACAAGGACACGUUCCUUGUCAUCCGCAGGGGUCAGUCUUUCCAGAUGACCAUUACCUGUGAUAGGCCUUACGACCCGGAGAGGGAUGAGCUAAAGCUUAUCUUUCAAACAGGUGACCAGCCGAUGCCAACUAAAGGAACACUUGUGGAGAUAGUCCUGUCCGAUGCUGACCUUCCUAAGCAGUGGGGUGCCAAGAUAGUCAAGUGCUCCGAUAAUGACGUUCAACUGCUGGUCAUGUCACCACCAGUCUGUCCAAUAGGUCACUGGAAUGUCAAGGUCAGGGCUGUAAAGAAAGGAGGAGGAGGAGAAUCACGCAGAAUUUCUCAAGUCUACACUCACCCCAAACCUAUCUACAUCCUGUUUAACCCCUGGUGUAAAGAUGACCAGGUAUAUCUCCAUGACGAUGGUCUACUGGAUGAGUAUGUCCUAAACGACACAGGCAAAAUCUUUGUUGGUGUUGCUAAGUCUAUUGGAGUGCGACCUUGGAAUUUCGCACAGUUUGAGGACCCUGUGUUGGACUGUGUCCUUAGCAUACUAGACUGGAAAGGAUUCCCAGCAUCUAGCCGAGGUGACCCUAUCAAGGUUGUACGCAAGCUCACGGCACUGGUAAACUCCUCCGACGACAAUGGCAUCCUAACAGGUAAUUGGUCAGGUAACUAUGAGGGAGGAAAAAAGCCAACAUCCUGGACAGGAAGUCAGGCCAUCAUUGAGGAGUACUACAAGACUAAGUCACCGGUCAAGUACGGUCAGUGCUGGGUGUUCUCUGCAGUACUGACCACAUGUUGUCGAGCGCUAGGCUUGCCUACAAGGAGUGUCACCAACUUUGCUUCAGCCCAUGACACAGAUGUCUCCAUCUCCAUAGAUUACCACUUCGACAGCGAGGGAAACCCAUUGAAGGAGUACAACAAUGACUCUGUAUGGAACUUCCAUGUGUGGAAUGAUGUGUGGAUGGCGCGUCCCGACCUUAAAGACCAGGAAUACGGAGGCUGGCAGGCAUGUGAUGCCACUCCUCAGGAGAGCAGUGACGGGCUUUACUGCUGUGGACCCUGCCCUCUGUUGGCCAUCAAAAAAGGGGACGUCACUGUGCCUUAUGACGGACGCUUUAUCUUUGCCGAGGUGAAUGCAGACAAAGUUUACUGGCAGAUUUCGGAAAAUCAAGUCAAGAAAAUGCAGGUCAAUUGUGACGGUGUCGGCCAGAACCUCAGUACCCUGAGGCCCAAGUGUCUACCUGCCCAGACUACCGAAAGGUGGCCACCAUGCAGUGACAAACGCUGGGAAAACGUCACAGACCAGUACAAAUUCACAGAAGGUACUGGAGCAGAGAGGGCUGCAGUGAUGACUGCUAACAUGGCAGGAAUCUUGGCUGGUCUGUAUGAGCAACCUAUGGAAGAAAGUAAGGAUGUCUCUGUGAAGGUGGUAGACAAGAAACAAGGCAAUUAUGGAGAUGAUCUUGUAGCCGAGGUUGUGUUUGAGAAUAUGUCCAAGGAGGACCGUACUGUCAGUGGAACAUUUAGUCUUCAGAGUUACUACUCCACAGGAGUGUUUGCUCAUCAAGUCAGGUCGGAGAAGAUCAACAUCACACUUAACCCAGCAGAGCAGGUGUCCAAGAAGAUGUAUAUCGAAUUUGAGGAGUAUAACAAGAAGACCAUUGAGGGCUGCUACUUUAAAACAUUGUGUGUCUGUACGGUGAAGGAGACAAAUCAAUCAGCUUCGUUGGACGACGACUUCCGACUUAUCAAACCUGACCUAGAGUUAGAGGCCCCUGCGGAGGUCAAAGUGGGUGAAGCGUUCAAGGUGAAGGUGACAUUCAAGAAUCCUCUGCCAAUCCUCCUGACUAUUUGUAGUUUGGAGUUCGACGGACCAGGACUGCAGAAACCAAAAAACAUCAAACAGAGCUCCGUUGAAGCUAAGAAGACCUUCACAUAUGAAAUGGAAAUGACCGCUGCCAAACCUGGCAUCAGAACACUUGUUGCCAGCUUUGACUCGAAGGAGAUUGUCGAUAUCAAUGGCAGCUGUGAGAUAGUGGUCAAGGACAAAUAGAGGUCAAGGACAAGUGAUAUAAAGUUCAACUGAUUUGAGGACAUUUCCUAAACCUAUUAUAUUGGUAUUGCAAUAUAGCUUACUAUAGCCUUGUUUUAAUGCCUUGAUGACAGUCCACAUGUGAUUCACAUUGGGUGCUGUAAUUAACGCUUCAUGGAUCACAAGAGAUAUACAUAUUUAAUGUUGAUUUUUAGUUACUAGUCUACCAAAUAUUUGUGUUUCACCCGCCUACCAAAUAUUCACUAAUUUUAACAUUGGAUUUUGUGAAUACAUAUUUCAAAAAGUAAUUCACAAAUUCAUAUGAAUAUAUUUUAAUUCACAAAUCCAAGUGAAUACAUAGUAAUCUACUAAUUCAAGUGAAUACGUAGUAAUUCACCAAUUCAAGUGCCCGAUGUACAUGAUGAUUUUUUGGAAGAAAGAUAAAAAAAGUUUAACAUGCUAUUUCUUUAAGUUACAAGAUUAAAAAUCUUUCCUUAACAUGCUGUGAUAUUUAUCUUCUUUCCAAAAGGUUUCCACAAUAAAUAAAAUACAUAUAUUUGUCUCAUCCAUCUAUGUCCAAGACAGAAAUACUGAGGGUAAGAAGGCAGUUAGAUGGUGUUGUAAGGAAGAGAAAUCUUUCAGGUCAUUUCCCAUGAUAUUGUUGUAAUUGUACCUUGUGAGAAACAAGUAAUUGUAAGAAAGACCAAAAUCUUUCUUGACAUCUAAUGAUAUUGUUGUGAUUGAAAUAUGACAUCCAAUGACGUUGUAUCAGCCAUAGAAGCUGGUGGAUUUCCACUGAACUUUACUGAAGAUAACCAUCUUUAUAUAGACAAUCCCAAAAGGUAAAGAUGGAGCAGGACAUUAUUAAAACAAUGUGUUAUGUAACGGAA